GCUCACUGUAGUUUACAGCAGCAGUCUCUUUCAGAUUGUUGCGAUUUAAAGCGAGGAAGGGGAGAGAAGAAGGCAGGAAAAAAGGAGCUGUCUUUGUGUAAAUAAUCGCCGAAUCGAAAUCCUGAAAGAAGUUCCGCGAUCGGGGAGGAAGAACCCUAGUUCUUGGAAUCGGAGCUGGGGGAGGCAAUUGGUUUUCGUUGGAUUUUUUUUUUUUUUUUGGGUCUUGCUCUCCGGGUGAUGUGAGUGAAUGUGAGAGAGGGAUCAGAUCCAAUGAUGGCUGAUCUGAGUAGCGGCGGUGGCGAGGGGCAUGGGGCGGAGACCGGGGGAGGAAAUGCGCCUAUGGCGGCGCCGGUAGUGCUGACGGCGUCGGCGUCGUUCAAGGGGGAAGGGAAGGCGGGGCCGGCGUUGAGGCGGAGGCCUUCGAUCAAGCCGACCUUGGAGGCGGAGGAGUUCAUAAAUAUGCUCCAUGGAUCCGAUCCGGUGAGGGUUGAACUCAGUCGACUGGAGAAUGAAGUCAGAGACAAAGAUCGGGAAUUGGGGGAGGCGCAGGCGGAAAUUAAGGCACUUAAGUUGUCAGAGCGUGCCAGGGAGAAGGCAGUGGAAGAGCUGACGGAAGAAUUGGCUAAGGCCGAAGAAAAACUAAAGCUAACUGAAUCGCUUUUAGAAAACAAGAAUCUUGAAGUUAAGAAGAUAAAUGAUGAGAAGAAAGCGGCCUUGGCCGCUCAGUUUGCAGCAGAGGCUACACUUAGAAGAGUUCAUGCAGCUCAAAAGGAUGAUGACAUGCCCCCCAUUGAAGCCAUUCUUGCACCACUUGAGGCAGAGCUGAAGCUAGCUCGCCAAGAGAUUGCAAAACUGCAGGAUGACAACAGGGCAUUGGAUCGUCUUACAAAAUCAAAGGAAGCAGCUCUACUAGAAGCAGAAAGGACUGUUCAGAUUGCACUGGCAAAGGCUUCUAUGGUGGAUGAUUUACAAAACAAGAACCAGGAGUUGAUGAAACAGAUUGAAAUCUGUCAGGAAGAAAACAAGAUUCUGGAUAAAAUGCACCGCCAAAAGGUUGCUGAGGUUGAAAAGCUUAGCCAGACAGUAAAGGAGCUAGAAGAGGCUGUUCUUGCAGGUGGUGCUGCUGCAAAUGCUGUCAGAGAUUACCAGCGGAAAGUUCAGGAGAUGAAUGAAGAGAUGAAAACCCUAGACCGGGAACUAGCCCGUGCGAAGGUUACAGCUAAUCGGGUUGCAGUUGUAGUUGCAAAUGAAUGGAAAGAUGCUAAUGACAAAGUAAUGCCUGUCAGACAGUGGCUUGAGGAGCGAAGAUUCAUGCAGGGAGAGAUGCAGCAACUUCGGGAUAAGCUUGCUAUUUCAGAACGCGCUGCACGAUCCGAAGCUCAGUUAAAAGAAAAAUACCAGUUGCGAAUUAAGGUAUUAGAAGAGGGAUUGAGAAUGUCUGCCAAUGGUAGCAACCGCACCAAUGUAGAGGGAAGGAGUGUCAGUAAUGGUCCUUCACGUCGCCAGUCCCUUGGUGGUGCAGAGAAUAUUUCCAAGAGUUCUCCUAAUGGCUUUCUUUCUAAGAGGCCAUCUUUUCAGUCGAGAUCUUCGCUAUCUAGCAGCACAAGUGCAGUACUCAAAUAUGCCAAAGGGACAUCAAAGUCAUUUGAUGGUGGCACUAGGUCAUUGGAUCGUAGUAAAGUCUUUGCAAAUGGAUCUGGUCUCUCACUGAACAAAUCUUCUGAUGCAACAAGAGAUAAUGAGACACAUGGCAGUUGGAAGGAAAAUUCAGACGAGAAACCCAAUGAGCUCCCCAAUGUUGAUACAGAUGAUUGUGUCUCUGGAUUGUUGUAUGACAUGCUGCAAAAGGAGGUGAUCACCCUGAGAAAAGCAUGUCAUGAAAAAGAUCAAAUCCUGAAGGACAAGGAUGAUGCAAUCGAGAUGCUGGCAAAGAAGGUUGAUACAUUGACAAAAGCAAUGGAAGUGGAGGCCAAGAAAAUGAGAAGGGAAGUAGCUGCUAUGGAGAAGGAGGUGGCUGCCAUGCGAACAGAGAAAGACCAAGAUAAUAGGGCCAGGCGGCUUGGCAGUUCCAGGGGUCCUGUAAAUAGUUCCCAGCUGCUCCCAGGGAGAAAUGUGCCUCGAAGUGGGUUGAUGCGUAAUGUUCAAUGAUGAUAUACCAGAAUCCGAUGUAGCAAGGAAUCAUUGGAACAGGCUUUCUUCUCCACCUCUUUGCUCCCCAAUAUUUUCUUUGUUGAUUUUUAGUUCAAGACCAGCACCUAAGGCCUGAUCAUAUCAUCCAUUCUGUGAUGGAACAUAAUUGGAAGAAGAGGUCGGUCUGCAUCUGACUUUUGACAGUUGUAGUGAAUUAAUGAAGUGAUGCUGAAGUUGGCUAACCUUUCCGAUAAGAUAGGUCGUCUUUGGUUGUAUAGGUUGGUGAAUCCUUGUUUUCUCGUCGUUUUGUAAUUCUUGGCAGUGUUAUGGCUUCUUUUUUUUCUCUUACCAAGGUUGUGAAUAUUAUUGUAAUUUCAGAUUCGUAUUUGUGUUAUUCACUAUUCACUCGAGCUGGCUUGAUGUUGA